UUGUCUAUGGUGUGAGAUUUGGGUCGAUUAUGUCAUGGCGGGUUAGAAGUUUCGGCACUCGGUUUCGUUGAAUUUGUUUUGAAUUACGCCGUCAAUGAUCUCGUUUGGUCCGUUGUUGUUUAACUCGCACGGUACCUGUAUAUUAGUACUCGUUUCAUAAACAUUUCAAAUGCUGAAACAAUUGCAAAUGGGACUUCGCGCGUUCAUGCUAAUCGCUUCCAAAGUAUGGAGUUGUUUUUGUUAUAUGUUUAGAAAGCAAUAUCGAGCGUUGGCUCAAUACCAGUCCGUCAAAUAUGAAAUAUAUCCACUUUCCCCCGUUUCUCGACACAGGCUGAGUCUAGUCAAAAGAAAAAUGUUGGUCCUGGACUUGGACGAGACGCUGAUCCACUCGCACCACGACGCCAUGCUGCGGCCGACGGUGAAGCCCGGCACGCCGCCCGACUUCGUGCUCAAGGUCACCAUAGACAAGCACCCCGUCAGGUUCUUCGUGCACAAGCGGCCGCACGUCGACUACUUUUUGGAUAUUGUGUCACAGUGGUAUGAACUGGUGGUGUUCACGGCGUCGAUGGAGAUCUACGGCGCCGCCGUUGCCGACAAACUGGACAACGGCCGGGGGAUACUGCGGAGGAGGUUCUACAGACAGCACUGCACAGCGGAGCACGGGUCGUACACCAAGAACCUGUCGUCGAUAUGCGACGACCUCAACAGGGUGUUCAUACUCGACAACUCGCCCGGCGCCUACCGGGACUUCCCAGAUAAUGCGAUACCCAUAAAGUCGUGGUUCUCGGAUCCUCUGGACGUGGCGCUGCUCAACCUGCUGCCCGUGCUGGACGCGCUGCGGUUCACGCACGACGUGCGCUCCGUGCUGUCGCGCAACCUGCACCUGCAUCGCCUCUGGUAGCGACUUAUGAUUACCAGCUUUUGUACAAAUUGAGGAGGCCGCAGCGCUUCCGGAUCCUAUUUAUUAUUUUUUUUUUCACUCGUUAGGUUCUCCAGCGCUUCUAUUCAAAUAUACAUAUAGUUUUAAAUAUAGUUAAAAGAUGAUUGUUUUUAAGUUUUGUUUUUAAAUAAACAGUGAUUAGUGUAUAAAUAAUAAUAACAAUUAAUAUACUUAAGCAGUAUAUUAAGUCGCCUACAUAUGUAGGGCUGUGGGGGUAGUUUUUGAAACACCCUGUGUAAUGUCUAUGGACUUUGUAUGUGUGGGUCUCUUCGGUGAGACAUAUGUUUUCUAUAUCACGUUUUUUAAGUGUAGUAUAUAGAUAUCCAAAGUACCAUUAGUACCUGAGCUCUCCAUAACUUUAGCUCUAAUCUCAUCUUUAAUACAAAAAAAACUGUCUGUCUGUAUGUCAGUCUGCGGCACCAUAGCAGAUGUCAGACAGCUGUUUAAUUUUACUGGUUUCCCAUUAUAAUUUUAAAAAGGCAUAUCAAGGGAAAGAUUUUUUUUUUAAAUUGUAAUAUAUACCACUGAGCUAUUUUUAUUCUAAUAUGGCUAAUAAAGUCACAAAUGAAUGAUUAUUUUAACUAUUACAAUCAUAUUAGAAUCAUUUUUAUUUAAAGGGCUAUAAUAUAGUCAUAUUACAAUAAUUCUUAUUUUAUAUGACUAAUGAAGUCAUAUUGGAACAAUUCUUAUUUUAUGUGGCUGAUAAAGCUUAUUGGAAUGAUUCUUAUUUUGUAUGACUGGUUAAGUCAUGUUGGUAUGAUUCCCAUUUUAUAUCACUAAUAAAGUCAUAUUGGUGUGUUUCUUAUUUUAAAUAAUGUCUGUUAGAGUCAUAUUAGAAUAAUGUUUAUUUUAUGUGACGGUUAAAGUCAUAUUAGAAUGAUUCUUAUUUUAAAUGACCAAUACUAUGGUAAAAUGUAAUUUUUUUUAGAAGCACAUUGCUGCAAAGGAUUUCUGUAUAUCUGCACUGUCGAGGUCCAUUUACUAUUGUACGUUAUGGAGGGAACAGGUUUCAAGUGUUCAAAUUUCAAAUAAUAUUUGAAAUAAUUUAGUCUUAACUAAUAUUAUAAGUUAAUUAAUAUUUCCUAUAAAAUGUUUUUUUGAAAAAAAGUUUUUUUUUUAUUUUUAUUAAAUCUCUGUUAACGAAAUGCAGUUGCAAUAUAUUUUAUUAAUUGUCCCCACCUCAAAAUAACUUGAAAUUAUAAUAACAAAACUUAUAAGCUCAAAGUGCGUAUUAUACUGAAGUGUAUUUCCGUUUAUACUUUGGAAGUCUGUUUGGCUUUGUAAUGGUAAUAUGUACAGACCAGUGGCGUGCACAAGUUUUUAAGUAGGGUAUGCACCAGUGGCGUGCACUUCAUACAUGCAUUAAAGCACUGCAUACCCUAAGAGUUGUUUUCUUAAUGCUUAUUAAAUGAAGAUUUUCCCAGUUUGUUUAAUUUUUCUUACUAGUGCACGCCACUGGUAAGCAGUAUACGUUCAAAUGAGUCCUCAGGUUUGCCGAACAUUGUUUUGCAUCAUUGAAAUGCACGCUACUACUACAGACAAGCGUUUUACAGUUGACAAUUGACAGUCAGUGUGUUUUGACAGUUGACAAUGUGUUGGUGUGUAAAACCGAAGGAUUUUUUUUAAACAAAACGAACCUUCCGUUUAUACACAAACACGCGUGUUCUGUCGUCAUAUUACUACAUACAAAGCAAGACAGGCUUCCCCAAAUAGAUUGACUAGUAUAUACAUAUAAUACCGAAAAUUUAUAAGAAUAUAAAAGAUUGGGUUGUAAUUUUUUUAUACUUAACAAUGUAAAUGUAUACCACUUUUAUGAUAAAAAUGUAUAAAAUAGUAUGUUCUUUUAAAUUAUUCUUAUUUUUAACAAGAAAAGUUUUUUGUUUAUAUUUAUGUAUUUAUAUAAAUAUUACGCAUUAGGAGCUUAUGAAUUAUAAUUUUAUGUAAAUCCAAAUACGAGUAAGUAUGUAUAUUUAAAAAAAAUGUCGAAGUCUUAAUUUUUGAUUUCGUUAAAUUAGUUAACGUCGAAUUAAUUACUUAAUUCCGUUAAUUUAAUUAUAAUUUUUUUUAAUUACGAAUUUAAGUUGUAAAUUACCUUAGUUUCUUGAAUUGGUGCAUAUUCUAUUUAACAUUUGUCGCUUAUGAAAUUGUUAACGAUUUGUGCGUUUCUGAAAAAUGAUUUUAAUAAAGUUCACUUAAUUUGUUUUAACUUUGGAAACUUACAAAUCGUAAUCGUAUAAUUGUUUUAAGUUAUGUGUUAGACAAUAGCGCUGUGAGUCGCUGAAUGUAGCGUUACACUGACGGACAUUAUGAGGAAUUAACUUUAACUUCAAGACAGGGGCGUCGCUACCGCGGUAUCAGCCGUAUCAAUGAUACGGGGCCCCCGGACUAUAAGGACCCCUUACGUGUGAAAGCAAAAAUUUGUAAAAUGUAGGUAAUCCACAAUAUUUUUCUGUGGCUAAGUUGGAAACAUCCUACAUAUUGCCUACAUUGGUUAAGUCACAGUCGUAUUUAUUUUAAGCGAACUGUUUUGUUUCUUUUGUGAGAAGUCUUUACCCUUCAUUUGGGCCCCGAACUAAUUUUGAUAUGGGGCCCCUCCUUCAGGCACGCUACGCCACUGUUUCAAGACUAUUUUUGGCCAGUUUAUAGGCAAUCUCUGUUUACGAGACCUCGACCGCGCAGUACAGGGGUGCGGAUACCUAUUCGGCUCACUUGUGGAGCAAAAAAUCUUUUAUUUUCUUAUAUUUCGACUCACAAAAAGGGCCAUAGUAGUGUUAGUAAUAGGCUAGUUGACACUUUUUUAAAUAGUUCAUUAUCGUUCUACAAGAUCAAAAAAAAAAAAUUAUAUUUUUUUACGUGAUUACAUGAAAAUUUUAGUUUUUAAAUAUGUUAUUGAUAAUACGAGUCAAAAUGUAUGUUUUUGACAACACUAGCCAAAACGCCUGUCGGCCAUGAUGGUCUAUAUUUCAACUGUUUCAUGACGUCACUAUAACAAAUAAUAAUAGAACAUCAAGUGCGUUACUUGAGUUUAUUAAUAAUUGAUAUCUAUAUAUUUCAGACCCUUACUCCAUGUACUACACGAAAAUAAUAUUGUUUAAAUCAAAUUUGAUACGAGUCAACUGCCCUAUUAUUAUCCUAGGUAUAAGCAAGAUACUUAAACCUAUUUAAAUGUAUGACAGGAUCAACUUGACAGUACGUAAAUGUAAAAAAAGCAAUGGUUCUCAAACUGUCGAACCUGUCCUGGAACUGACCUUUUUUAUAUUUCCUUUGGAAUCGUAUUGAAAUUCAAUCAUCAAAUCACAUGCGAGAUCAAGUUUUAAUUUUUUAGAAGUACUUAAUGAUGAUGAUAUAGAUGUUUCUAAAAUCAAUAUUAUAUGAAAAAUUGAGCCUGCAUUGUUAAAAUUAAAGAGUUUAUAAGACUGCUCUCAUAUAUUCUUCGAGCACUCUGCAGGCUAUAAUAUAGCUGACAAGCUGACGCCGCGCGGUUUCACCUGCGUGAUUCCCGUUCCCGUAGGGAUACGGGGAUAAUAUAAGCCUUCCUCGAUAAAUGGGCUAUCUAACACUGAAAGAUUUUUUGAAAUCUGAUCAUUAGUUCCUGAGAUUAGCGCGUUCAAAAAAACUCUUCAGCUUUAUAAUAUUAGUAGAUAGUACCACAAGGUAAAAUCAGUGUAACGCUAAUAUAAUGACAAUAGUGUAAAGUAUACUAUGUAACUAUUAUGUACAAAACAAUCGAAUCAGCUGCAAACUGGUUUACUAAUUAACGCUAUUUAGUCUUGCUCCUAUGUUGCACCGAUAUUUAAUGCAAUUUUAUACUUUAGUCAGUACUUGUGUAAGCUAUUAUGUACUUUGUUUCCACGGAGUUAGGGUAAAAAUAUAAUUUUAAGUGAGGUUAAGUAUGUAUAAUUAUAUUAUAUAUACAUUUUUGUAUAUUAUAGCAAUAAUAAAGAGCGUUGUUAGUAAACUGUUAGAUGUUUAUAAUGCAUGUUAUAUAAUUAUGUUUGAAACGUCUUCUUUUAUUCGCAAACCGCAUAACUAACCUCGCCGACGUGGUAAAUGGCUAUUUGUAUAUUUAUCUCGGUAAACAAACAGGUGUUUGAUACAAAUGUCAUUUAUUAAAUGUUUUUUAAGUUGUGAGCUAUAGUGAAUCGUUUCAAAAUAAAAUAAAAUAGUCAAAAAUUUAAUUAAAAACCAUUGAGUUACUAUGACUACUACGUGCUGGAAAAGCUGUCACAAAAAAAAAAAUGUUGCAACAUGAAAAUAUUGCGGGCCAGCGCAGUAUUGCCAGAUAAAAGUAUUUGCUGCAGCUCUGAAACGAUAAUCAAGUGGAUACUAAUUACGCUUCCGAGGACUGAGUUAUGUGGUUUGUCUAUAGACUUCACAUACUGUAUAAUGUAUUGCAUUCUGAAUACCACUCCGUUUCGUUUAGGUAUACAAAUCUUUUUUUAAUACUUUUACGUUAUCCAAAAAAACUAUAAAUAAAGCCAUUUUACUCAGAGAGCUGGUCGACAUUUUUGGUUAGGUUAGUAUUUGAGGCAAGCUUUUAUUUCUUUUAGUUCUUCAAUUGUUCAAUUUAAAUGUAUAAAAUUUGCAGAUUGUCUUAAAGAUAUUUUUUUGAAAACAUAAAUCCUCGAAAGGUAUUUUUUUGCAAAAAAAAAAACGCACUUUUCACCAGCCAACAACCUUUAGUUCUAUGUUAGGAUAAGAGAGGUACCUACAGGACAAUUUUUUCCCCUUGUUUGCCCUAAAAUGUCGAUCAGCUUUCGGAAUAUCUCGGAUAUCGAUUUCUCAUUCAAAAUUGUUUUUGAGUAACAUCCAUGACAUUUGGAGAAAUAUUUCCGAUUAACCAAUAUAAUAAAUAAAAAUGUCGCGAUUUUAUAAAAAUCUUUUUAAAUUGGUAUUUUAAAAAAAUUGCAGAAAUCACGAAAUUACGCCCUAAUUAUUUAUUAUCAUCAUGACGAUUUAUUUUUAUUUUAGUUAUUUCAAUUUAAUAAACCUAAUACUAAUGUUGCUGAGCACGGGCAUAGAAAUGAGAUUGUUACUAUAUUUCAACUAAUCGUACAAGAAAAAGCAAAUAAAAAUGAAAAUUUAGUCUUCACUGUGCACCGACAAACGUUUAUUGUAGUCUGAAAUGCGAAGUUUAAAUACAAACUUUCACGAAUAAGUUAUGAUACAAUCUUUCGACUAUAAUAGAUAAAUAUAUAGUCGAAAACCUACCUAUUCGAUAAUCUGUAGCAAAAUGUGUAAGCAAUUUUCUUUGUAUUCACGGUUUUAAAAAACAUUUUUUUUUAAAACCGUGACAAUUUGUAUGUAAAGAUAGUUUUUUUCUUUAACAUAAGGAAUGCUCCACUGUUAAAAUUCACAGGAUGAUUUAUUUACGAAAUGAGAUUAAAAAUACAUGUUUUGUCACGUUUACUUUGAAUUUUGAAAAAAUAAAUGAUUCCUGUUUUACAAAUUCUAAUCUUUUGAGCGCCAGGCUUGAUUUGAUGUUUUCAAUUUUCAAGAAUUGUUUCAGUGAACUUUGCUUUCGUCUGGUCUGGUCGUGGCUUGUUAUCCCCCAUCUACAAGAGAUCAUUUCAAAAUUCAAACAAUUAAAAAUAUCAAUAAAAAUGCCAUUAUAAAUAUUUUUUGGAAAAUAUAUUAAAGCAAACGCUUAGUAUUCACAAUAAAUAGCACAAUUAUAAAAAGGAAUUAUUUUUUCUAAAACGGACUCCCUCAAUGAUGUUCAUUUGUUAAUCGGAACCAUAUGUACCUAACUGUGUUUUUAUACAUAGUAAUGAAAAUUGUAAAGGGCCAUGUUUAAUAUUUUGUUAUUUUCGAGUUCUUAGAUUUGCUUCCUAUACAUUUCUCGUUCACACAAUGACGUCACUAAUACAGUGCCGGAUUAAGGUAACUUGAUGUCGUAAGAAAUCUAUAGAGUGCCCGCUCUAUUCUUAUUUGAUUGUGAUAGUGAUGAACCACAAAUAAAUUAUUAGGUACUUACCUUGUAAUUAAUAUGUAGGCAUUUUAAAUUCAUGAACAAGAGACAUUUCCAGUCGAUUUGUUAAUAAUUUUUUUAGAAAACAAAAUAUUUUAAAUGGCCCUUUUGUAUAACAUUUCUAUUUGUAAGUAGACAAUUGACACGUGUCUAAUAAUGUUAAAAUGUGAAAAAAAUAAAGAAAAUUGUGCAACAAUUUUUGAGGUCUCGACUGGUUGUUUAAAGUUCAAAAGCGAUUUGUAAUAUAGAAAUAUUAAAUCGAUUUAAAAAUAUA